AAAAGAGUGAGAAAAGACGAAAAAGGUGUUGAGAAUGUGUGAUUAGCGCGUACACCGCACAACUCUCAUUUACUCUUAUCUCUGAUAAAGUGUGCGUUGUUACUUCUGAUAAGGAAGUGUGUUGUGUUAGAUUCUGGGUUCGGAUAUUGAUAACACCUCGCGAGUGAUUCAGUUGGGAAUUUGGCGAUGAUUUGAUCGAGUGUGUCUUUCGAAGUUCCUCGAAGAUGGAGCCGACAACCGUGAUGGAAUACAAGAAGACUUCCUGCUAUUUCUGCAGUGAAUGGCUGGAAAACGGAAGCUUCAAGGAGCAUGUUCGUUCGUGCGGACAAGUUCUGGAGAAAUGCCCGAACCACUGCCAUGCCUACGUUCAGAGGAAGAACCUCGAAGCCCACUUGAAAGAGUGCCCAAAGACCACGAAAGCGACGAAUGGGAGCAGUUUUGUGACGUCCCAGAGCCUCAAUGAUGUGGAGAAUCGCUUGUUGGUGCUCGAACAAGACAUCCAGACCUUCCGGUCGGCUCUCAACGAGGAGAUUAGGCAACGCCUGCACCUUAUAACAGACAUUGGCGCUCUGAAGCGCAGGAACGAGGUCACGGAUGAGUGGGUGGCCAAAGUGAGUGACAUUCUGGCGGCACUGAAGAAGUGCAUGAAUGAGGAGACGCAGAGUCGCUGCAUCGACGUGGAAAAGUGCAGGGAUGACAUCGGCCGGCUGAUCUACCAGUACCAGGAGAUGGACGAGUGGCGAAUGGAGGUUGGCUUGCGCCUCGAUGAGGUGGUGAGCAAUGUGAUUCAGGAGGAUAACUGGCGAGGUCACAUUGAGCUUUUGGAGGCGCAAAAUGUCGAGCAAUCGCGCAAGAUUGCUCAAGUGGCGGAGGAGCUGAAAGCGCUCAAGAUGGAAGUCUCUGAAGAUCGCACAGAAGUGCACCAGGCAAACUUCAUGACUGAUGAGAAAUUUGGCGCCAUAGAUUUGAUUCUCGAGGAUCAGCACAAAGCGCUGACUGCGGCCAAAGGCGAAUUGAGUAAUACAUUGAGCGCUCUGCAGGCGGAAGUGGACUCCAGAACUAAAACCAUGACGGAACUGGCGGCCAAGCAGGCAACUCUGGACUUUGAACUGAAGAACAUGAAGCACAUCGUCCACGAGACAGAGGACAAGUGCGAUAAGUUUGACAAGGUGUCGACAGAGACGAAAGCUGUGGCCAAUCGAACGCGCCAGGAGAUGAAUGACUUGGAAGUUCAUUUGACGUACCAGAAGAAGCUCUUCGCCAUUCACAACACUCGAGGGCACCUUAUAUGGAAAUUGGAUGACUAUGCAGCCAAGCUCACUCAAGCCAAAGAGACACAAUCCGUUCCUCUGCGAAGUCCAAUCUUCUGCAACAAGCAAUAUGGAUACACAAUGAGGUUGGAGGUGUUCCUCAAUGGCAUCGGGACGUGGAAGGGACGCAACAUAAUCGCGUGCGUCAGCAUCGUGCCCGGAGAGUAUGACACGCUUCUGCCCUGGCCAGUGCGAAUCGAGGCAGAAAUCACAUUGCGUGACCAGCCCGAAAACCCCAGCGAGGCGCAGAACAUCAGGAAAAUCCUCGUGGCGAAGAGGAAGAACGACAAGUACGAGACAAAUCAAUACAUUCACAUUCCCCACAAAGUCCUCACGACGUGCCACUAUGUGAAGAAUGAUGCCAUCUUCUUUGACGUCCGCAUCCUCAAGUGCACGGUGAGCACGGUGAGCGAGAAGGAGUAGGGAAAUUGCAAAG